AUGGCGUACUUUUGGAAAAUGCCUUUGACGCAAGAUGAGUUACAAGAAGGACAAUCUGAGGACCAAGUGUCUUACUCUAUGUAUCAUUUUAAUCCUGAUAGCCAGGUCAGUCUAGGACUUAACCAAAUAGUUGGUGAAGGCAGCAGUGAAAUACCCUUUUAUGAUCCAGCAUAUUCACAUGACCCCGAAGAAAAUGAGUUUUUCUUGGAUGCAGCAGAAGAACAUUUAUACAGAAUAAAUCCACCUCAAAUUCCUCAUAGGGAUCUUUACUUUGGAAGCCCCACCUCUCACUGGCAGCAAGUCAGGGUGCCACCAACAAUUGGCUUCAGACCUUCUUUGCUAUCCGGAUGUAGUGACCUCUCUGAGAAUUCCUACCCCACAUACCCCAUUGGAACACUUUAUGACUAUGGUCCAUAUGGAAGAAAUAACUUGAGUCCAACUGCAGAUGAAUUUGGGUCAGAUGUGGAGAAAGAGAAUAAAAAUCUGAAUGUCUGUAUAGGCUUUGAACAUAUAGAUUAUCAAUAUCCCGUUUUCUCAGACAACAAUGCAAGCGGACAAGGAAUGAAAGAUACAAGGAGAAAUGACAGUAAAUCUUUCCUUGUGAGCACUGGGGAAACAUACUUAACAAACCCUCCUAGAGAAUUGACCACAGGACCUGUCUGGCCCAGCAUCUCUGCAAACAGCUCUGCAGACAGCACAGAGCUUGCAGGUUGGUCUAUCCAGCUGGUUGAAGCAGAUCAAGGAAGUAAUGAAAGUACUGCCUCCUUUUGCAAUGGAGUGCAGAAAAUCAGAGACGCAUAUCCUGCUUUUGAUUUGACGACAAAUACUGGGAAGAUUUGGAGUGUCACAACAACAUUAUCAGAUGAGAUCCUUUGUAAAUCAAAAUUCAAAGUUAGCAUUUUGACAACCUGUUCAUCUCCUCCACUGCAUCUUACACCAUGUGCUAGCUGUAUUGUCCGUAACUUAGUUGUCGAGAUUCUCCAUUGCACAAAUCAAUAUCCAGCCCAGGAAGAGUGUUUUCUAAGUGUUUAUGGGUCUGAUGAAUUUUUGCAAAAUGAUUAUGCUUUGGGCAGUCAUGAGAGUCUUCGCAAGGCAACCGCCUCCAUUCAGCUUCGUCUACAGAAAGGCAACAGCUAUCAGCAAAGUUUGGCUAGAACGCUUGAAGAUGACCAAAGUCAGUUUAAUGUGAACCAGCUGCUACAAUAUACAUAUAUUUGGAAGGUGUCCAGGAAGAACCUUGUUACAUUUAUUAUGAAAUAUGGAGGUCAAGUGGAAUAUCUAUUGCAAAAUGAGCAUAAAGUGGAUAAAGUGAUUGAAGAAGCUAAAGCAAUCUGCAGCGUUCUCUGUUCUGUGGAAACCAGGGCUAUUACUGAUGCAGUCAAGAAACUCCAUUCAGUGCCACUGGGAAAAACACAGCUCACGCAAGCACCUGUUUUGGUGUACGCUGAUCUCACCCAGCCAUAUGAACUUCAUGUUGAUGCAAGCUACACCGGUUUAGGCGCUGUCCUUUAUCAAGAGCGUGAGGGCAAACUCCGACCGGUAGCGUUUGCAAGUCGGGGUCUCACACUGCCUGAGAGAAACUACCCUGCUCAUCAAGUGGAGUUCCUGGCAUUGAAAUGGGCCAUCACAGAGAGGUUCCAUGACUACCUCUAUGGGGCCAAGUUCACUGUAAAAACCGAUAAUAACCCUUUGACAUACAUCAAGACAACAGCAAAAUUAUCCGUAGCAGGGCACCGGUGGUUAGCGGCACUCUCUGCCUAUGAUUUCACUCUGCAGUAUCGACUCAGUCGAACAAACAUGGAUGCAGAUGCCUUGUCUCAGCAGCCUCACUCUAAGGAUUUAUUACCCAAUGAUCAAAUGAAUGUGGAGACCCCUGAAUUGAGAGCUUUAUGCCAACGGAAUUCACUUCAAAAUGUAGAAACUCCAGUCAGAGUCUUGAUAGAGAAUGCUGUGACAGAGCUGUCUGCAGCCAUCUCCCAUCUCAUCCAUGUUUUCAGCAGCAGCUUUCACACAGAUUUUCAGCCUGCAAAAAUACUUAGAAGCCCUUCAUGUGCAGAUGUCGACCUAGAUCCCCACUUUAGCUUCACUGUUUAUGCAGCCCACAACAUCCCAGCAGCCUGGCUGAAAAGCUACAAACUCUUCUCUUUUUCCUGUUCUUUAACUUAUGCUGGGAAGAAAAUAUGUCAAGUGAAGAACUGCAAAAAUAUACCAGUUAAAAAGUCUUUUUUUUUCCUGGCAAACUGGAAUGAGAAAAUCAACUUUCCUCUACAAAUAAAAUCUCUUCCUAAUGAAACAAUAUUGAUAAUAAAACUAUUUGGCGUAAACUGUGUGUCUAAAAACACAGAAAUACUGGCUUGGACAUGUUCCCCCUUGUAUCAAAAACAAAAGUUCAUUCAUGGAACCGUGCUGCUUAGUAUGGCAUUGUACAGUGAGCCUCCAACAACCAUGAUAGCUCCGGGCAUUUGUGACACUAGUCUGCCAGCGCUAGUAACACUGCAGGUUGACUUUCCAGAAACUAAUUUGGAGUUUAUUAAACCUGAGCCUGAAGAGAAAAGAGAUGACCUUGAAGAGCCAGCUAAAGAGUGCUUGAAGCAUGUAGCAAGACUUUCACAGAAACAUUCUCUCUUGCUGUUGUUGGAGCAAGAGAGAAGAUUUUUAUGGUUUUAUCGUUCCUACUGCAAUAAUGAAAACUGUUCCCUUUCUUUGGUACUGGGCAGUGCCCCCAGUUGGGAUCGAAAGAGCAUAUCAGAAAUGUACAUGGUGUUGAGGGAAUGGAGCUUUUCUAACCCUUUGGAGGCACUUGGGCUUCUGACUUUCAGUUUUCCAGAUCAAGACAUUCGCAGAACUGCAGUCCAACAAAUGGAAAAUCUGUCAAAUGAUGAAUUGUUAGAAUACCUCCCACAGCUGGUUCAGGUGAUCAAGUUUGAGUGGAGUCUUGAAAGCCCUCUUGUGAAACUUCUGCUAUGCCGCUCUCUGCAGAGCAUCCAAAUAACUCAUCGACUUUACUGGCUGUUAAAGGAUGCACAGAAUGAAGCUCAUUUCAAAAGCUGGUAUCAGAAACUACUAGCUGCUGUCCAAUUCUGCGCAGGAAAAACCUUAAAUGAUGAGUUUUCUAAGGAGAGGAAACUUAUCAAAAUUCUGGGAGAUGUUGCUGAAAAAGUGAAGGCUGCCAGCGACCCCAAAAAACAGGAGGUGCUAAAGAUGGAAAUCAACAAACUUAAGCAGUUCUUCCAGGAGGUAAAUGUUUGCCGGCUUCCCCUGAAUCCUGCACUUGUUGUACGAGGCAUAGAUGAAGAUGCAUGUUCAUAUUUCACAUCCAAUGCUUUUCCAUUGAAAAUCUCCUUCAUCAAUACAGAGACACUGAGUAGAAACAUCAAUGUUAUUUUUAAGGUGGGAGAUGAUCUACGUCAGGAUAUGCUGGUUCUGCAGAUUAUUCGUGUGAUGGACAGAAUUUGGCUUCAGGAGGGACUUGAUAUGCAAAUGAUCAUUUAUAAGUGUUUAUCUACAGGAAAAGGCCAAGGACUAGUGCAGAUGGUGUCAGAUGCUACAACUCUAGCCAAGAUCCACAGGGAGUCUGGAUUGAUAGGACCAUUGAAGGAAAACACAAUUAAAAAAUGGUUCAGUCAUCAUCAUCCUUUGGAAUCAAGUUACCAAGAGGCAAUAAAGAAUUUCUUUCAUUCCUGUGCUGGCUGGUGCGUUGUUACCUUCAUUCUGGGAGUCUGUGACCGACACAAUGACAACAUCAUGCUGACAAACACUGGCCACAUGUUCCAUAUAGAUUUUGGAAAGAUUUUAGGUCAUGCACAAAAAUUUGGAAGCAUAAAAAGGGACCGAGCACCUUUUAUCUUCACUUCAGAGAUGGAGUAUUUCAUCACAGAAGGUGGAAAAACCCCACAGCGCUUCCAAGAGUUUGUGGAACUUUGCUGUCGAGCGUAUAAUAUAGUCAGGAAACACAGCCAAUUGCUCUUGAACCUGCUGGAGAUGAUGCUGCAUGCAGGGUUGCCUGAGCUGAACAGCGUCCAGGAUUUGAAGUAUGUGUAUGAUAACCUUCGUCCACAUGACUCAGACCUCCAAGCCACGAGCCACUUUACCAGGAAAAUAAAGGAAAGUUUAGAGUGCUUCCCUGUCAAACUCAAUAACCUGAUCCAUACGCUCGCACAAAUGUUAGCCACAGGCUUUGCCAAGUCUACAGCUUCACAGAGUGUUCCUCGGGAAUCCAACAUGCUGGAUGCAGAGAGGUCAAUUGCCCGAGCAACCAUUUUAGGGUUCAGCAAAAAGCCUGACUCUCUAUAUUUAGUCCAGGUGGUGCAAACCUGCCAGGUGGUCACCUUUGUGGAAAAAUCAUUCGAACAAUUUUCAAAACUUCACAGCCAUCUACAGAAGCAAUUUCCAUCACAUACCCUCCCGGAGUUUCCGCACUGGUGGCAUUUACCUUUUACAGAUCUUGAACACAAAAGAAUGAAAGACUUAAAUCUCUAUGUGAAGCAGUUAUUGAAUGGAUCCAGCAGCCUGUCUAAUAAUGAGCAUGUCCUCAGCUUUUUCCUCGAUGGGUCCAAAACCGACUGGCCGGAAGAAUCUGUACUUGUUAGCCUAGGUCCUAAAUCUACUGAACAGAAACCUGGAGUGCAGUUAGUCAUAUCUUAUGAGCGCACCCACCUGACAAUAUUGUUGAAACAUAUGAGGAAUAUUCAUCUCCCAGAUGGCUCUGCCCCAACUGCACAUGCUGAAUUUUAUCUUUUACCAGAUCCUGAUGAAGUCAGCAGAAGGAAAACGAAAGCAGUUCCAAAAAGCACUGACCCUACUUAUAAUGAAAUUGUAGUAUACGACGCAGUCACGGAGCUCCAAGGACGUGUGUUACAGCUUAUUGUGAAAAGCAAAGGAACAUUUGUGGGAGCUAUCAACAUUCAACUGAACAGUGUCCCAUUAAAUGAAGAAAAGUGGUACCCAUUAGGGAACAGUAUAAUUUGA